GAAGUGAACAAGUGUGCUAUAACCAAUAACACACCAAAUACAACAAAGUUGCAAUAUUUCUGCUGAAUAGAUCAACGAUUUUCUGUGCGAUUUUUUUAAAAAACAAAAUUACAAAAAUCCAAGUAUCAAAAUUACUAUAAAGUUCUCAAGAUGACUGAAAACACUGAAAAUACUGAAGCUGUAGAAACUUUCGCUUUUCAAGCUGAAAUUGCUCAGCUUAUGUCAUUGAUCAUCAACACCUUCUACUCGAACAAAGACACAUUCCUCCGUGAAUUGAUCUCAAAUUCAUCUGAUGCUCUGGACAAAAUCCGUUAUCAAGCAAUUACCGAUCCAUCGCAAUUGGACACCGGCAAGGAACUUUAUAUUAAAAUUAUUCCAAACCGAGUUGAGCGUACACUCACCAUCAUCGAUACCGGUAUCGGUAUGACCAAAGCCGACUUAGUCAACAAUUUGGGUACAAUUGCCAAAUCCGGAACGAAAGCAUUCAUGGAAGCGAUGAAAGAUGGUGGUGACAUUACAAUGAUUGGGCAAUUUGGUGUCGGUUUCUACUCAGCCUACUUGGUUGCCGAUAAAGUAACCGUCACAUCAAAACACAAUGACGAUGAGCAGUACGUUUGGGAAUCAUCGGCCGGUGGUUCAUUCACAAUUCGUCAAGAUGACAGUGAACCAAUGGAACGCGGUACGAAGGUCGUUUUGCACAUCAAAGACGAUCAAAUCGAUUAUACAGACGUGGAAAAAAUCCGAAAUGUCGUUAAAAAACAUUCGCAAUUCAUUCAAUUUCCAAUAAAAUUGUUAGUUGAAAAAGAACGUGACGAGGAAGUAAAAGAAGAUGAAGACGACAAGAAGGACGGAGAUGAUAAGGAAGAAGAGGAGGAAAAGGAAGAACCAAAGAUUGUAGAUAUCACCGAUUGUGAUGAUGACGAUGACAAGAAUGAGAAGAAAAAGAAGACAAUCAAGGUGAAAUACCUUGAAGACGAAGAAUUGAAUAAGACAAAACCAAUUUGGACCCGUAACCCCAACGAUAUAACCAAAGAGGAAUACACCGAUUUCUACAAAUCGCUGACCAGCGACUGGCAAGAUCAAUUCGCUGUGAAACAUUUCUCGGUUGAAGGUCAACUUGAAUUCCGUGCAUUAUUGUAUGUACCGCGUAAGGCACCCCUUCAAGACUGGGAAGAGAAAAAGAGAUUCAACAACAUCAAAUUAUAUGUACGUCGUGUGUUUAUCAUGGACAAUUGCGAUGCUUUGAUUCCAGAAUAUCUAAAUUUCGUUCGUGGUAUCGUCGAUUCUGAAGAUUUGCCGUUGAACAUUUCCCGUGAAAUGUUGCAACAAAACAAAGUCCUCAAAGUUAUUCGCAAGAAUCUCAUCAAAAAGUGCUUCGAAAUGUUCGAUGAAUUGGCAGAAGACAAAGAAGUUUAUAAGAAAUUUUACGAGCAAUAUAGUAAGAACAUCAAAUUCGCAGUUCAUGAAGACAGUCAAAAUCGUGCCAAAUUGUCCGAAUUCAUGCGUUUCUACACAUCAGCAUCGGGCGACGAGUACUGUUCGUUGGACGAUUACGUUGGCCGCAUGAAGGAAAAUCAAAAGCACAUUUACUGCAUCAGCGGUGAAAGCCGUCAAUAUGUCGAAAAUUCAGCGUUUGUUGAACGUCUCGUGAAUCGUGGUUUUGAAGUGGUUUAUAUGACUGAACCCGUUGACGAGUAUGUGAUUCAACAACUAAAAGAAUUUAAAGGCAAGCGCUUGGUUACAGUUGACAAGGAAACUUUCGAAUUGCCAGACGAAGAAGAUGAAAAGAAGAAACACGAAGCCGACAAAGUUAAAUUCGAAGAGCUGUGCAAAGCAAUCAAAUCGAUUUUGGGUGAUAAAAUCGAGAAAGUUGUUGUUUCACGUCGUUUGGUCAAAUCGCCAUGCUGCAUCGUUACAGCCCAUUAUGGGUGGUCGGCCAAUAUGGAACGGAUCAUGAAAGCUCAAGCUUUCCGGGAUCCAACCUCCAUUGGAUACAUGGCUGCCAAGAAACAUUUGGAAAUCAAUCCAGACCAUAAAAUCAUCGAAACAUUGCGCCAAAAAGUCGAAGUCAACAAGAACGAUAAAACAGUCAAAGAUCUGGUCACUCUGCUAUGCGAGUGCUCUUUACUUUCAUCCGGAUUUUCAUUGCCUGAACCACAAGUUACCACUGAACGUAUUUAUCGUAUGAUCCAAAUGGGUCUUGGCUUCGACGAUGAUGAACCGGCGGCUGAAGAAGAAGUGACACCAUCCACCGGUGGUGAUGCAUCACCACCAUCCACCGAUAGUGCACCACAACCACUUGUUGAUGAUUCAGCAGAUACCGCACACAUGGAAGAAAUCGAUUAAAUCAAUAGAAACUGUUUUAGUUCAUAAAAUUGUCAGCUUCAAAAAUAUAUUUACUUCAAAAUUGUACUGAAAAAGUGAACUUUUUUGAUUCACCGACCUAUUUUCUCUAAUAAAUAUUUGGUUUCAAUUUUUUUUUAUUUAUAAAAAGAAA